AUGGCGUCAAUGGGGGAAGCUUUGGACCCCGUUGGUCGCAAUAUUCAAUUUUCUCGCCACACCAAGUUUAAAGGAGUUGUCAUUAAGCCAAAUGGCCAUUGGGGUGCCCAAAUUUACGCAAACCACCAUCGAGUUUGGCUAGGGACUUUUAAAACGGAGAAUGAAGCGGCUAGAGCUUAUGACAGUGCUGCCAUUAGGCUUAGGGAGGGUGACAGCCAAAGGAAUUUCCCGUGGACUGACACAACCCAACAAGAACCUCUCUUCCAAAAUGACUACACAACUGAAAUGAUCCUUCAAAUGAUCAAGGAUGGAUCCUACCCUUUGAAGUUUGCUGAUUUCUUGACUAAUAAGAGAUAUCAAGAAAAGACAAGUAAAUCACGUGAUGAGUCAAUGCAUGAUGAAAAUGGGUAUGUUAGUCAAACAUUAAUGUUUCAAAAAGAGUUGACUCUAAGCGACGUGGGCAAGCUAAACCGGCUAGUAAUACCUAAACGUUAUGCAAUUAGGUACUUUCCUAGUAUUUCCGAGGAACACGAGGAUGAGAAUACUAGGGCAGAUGAAACCAUACUUACUUUUUUGGACAUGAAAAUGAGGACAUGGCGGUUUCGUUACUGUUAUUGGAAGAGUAGCCAAAGCUAUGUGUUGACUAAGGGAUGGAAUAGAUUUGUGAAGGAGAACAAGCUCAAGGAAAAAGACAUGGUUGUGUUCUCUUCGUGCAAGUACUUGGAUGGACAAGAUAAGGGUCACACGUUUUUCAUGAUUGGAGUUACUAAUGGUCAUGAUCAAAUGGAUCACAAUCUUGCAGUUGGGACAGUUGAUUCUAGCCACGAAUAUGCUCAACGAGAGGAACUACAUAUUGAUGGUGGUGGACUUGAACCAAACAAUGUUGUUGAGCCUAAGGUGGAUCAUGAAGGGAGCGAAAAUGAAGCAAUUUUUGAAGAUGGUUUGAAGAAUGUUGUUAGGAUCUUUGGGGUGGAAAUAACAUCACAAUACUAA